GUGUUAGUGCUGGUGAGUGCGGGGGGGAGGAGGGACAGACGCUCUCCUGCUGGUUCCCGUUACGAUGCUAACACCCCCCGUCCUGCUGCUCGGCUCCGCUUCCUGUCGCCUCCGGAGCGAACCGAGGAUCUCCGCGUCCGUGCCGCUGACAGUGACCACUGUGAUGUAGCUAUGCAUGUUCCUGGGUGGAUUUUGACUCUAACCUUUACCUGGUGACAGAACCUUGGACUUUUCAUUUCUGUCGCCCCCUGACUGUUACAGUCCCUGCACACCCUAUAGCACAGUCAGUCAUGCUGGAUGCUGCAGAGUAACAAGUAGCACUGGGCGGGACAACUCCAGUUUUUCUGAGCUCCCAUCAGAUGUUUUGCCGUGUUUGUGUAAGAAUGAGAAACUGAGUGGGGAAGAAAACGAAAAGCAAGUGAGACUGAAGGGGCCGUAGUUCUUGUGGUGGUGGUGACAGAAAAGUAGAGCCACCCUGUCAGUAGGUUGGCGGCACGUGAGACAGCCAGGCCCUGAGGAUGACCAGCCUAUUCAGACGCAGCAGCAGCAAUGGAGGCUCUAGGAGCAACGGAAGUGGGGGCGGGGGCGGCAGCGGACAGGGUCAGCUCAACAACAGCAGACCCAACCGGCAGGUCCGACGCCUGGAGUUCAACCAGGCCAUGGAGGACUUCAAGACCAUGUUCCCCACUAUGGACUAUGAGGUGAUUGAGUGCGUGCUGCGCUCCAACAACGGCGCUGUGGACGCCACCAUCGACCAGCUGCUCCAGAUGAGCAUUGACGGACAGGGCUCAGAUGACAGUUCAGAUUCAGAUGACAGUAUCCCACCAGAGAUUCUGGAGCGAACACUAGAACCUGAUAGUUCUGAUGAGGAACCGCCUCCAGUCUACUCUCCACCAACGUAUGACAUGCACAUUUAUGACAGGAAAUAUCCAGAGACCCCACCAACACCCCCACCAAGAUUUGAAGCCCAGCCACCUCCCGGUCACCAGCAGGUCAGAAGCUACCGGAACUGGAACCCUCCUAUGCUCGGAAACCUCCCGGAUGAUUUUCUACGUAUUUUGCCGCAGCAGCUGAACAGUAUAAAGCAGAGCUCUCAGAGCAGUGCAUCCCAGCCUUCAUCGUCAACCUCCUCAGUUUCUCCAAUAAGCCAGUGGACAGCCCAGUCUAGCUCUCGAUCCGGAGCUGCAGGGACCACUGGAGGUGCAGGAGUGACAACGGGCGGCUCCGAGCAAGACAAGAAACUGAAGCAGUACCUGGAAGACGAGCGUAUCGCCCUCUUCCUCCAGAACGAGGAGUUUAUGAAAGAGCUGCAGCGCAACCGCGAGUUCCUCAUCGCCUUGGAGAGAGAUCGCUUGAAGUAUGAAUCAAAGAAAUCAAAGUCCAGUCAUUCAUCUAGCAUGGAGAGUUCCACAGGAGAACAGUACUCUGCAGCUUCCAUGGAGGCCAUCUCAGAUGACGCUCUCUUCAGAGACAAACUCAAACUCAUGGGCAAAUCAACGAGAAAGAAGCUGUUUGAAAUUGCCAGGACGUUCUCAGAGAAGACAAAGAGGAGAAAGUCAAAAAGAAGGCUUCUGAAGCACCAUUCACUGGGCACAGCCAACUCUACAGCCAAUCUCCUGGACAAUGUGGAGGGAAACCCCUGUGAGGAGGAUGGUCAGCCGAGGAAGGCAAACACUCAGGAAGAGACUGAACAACGUAAUGAGCCAAUAUCAUGAUCCUCCCGUGCUGCACCAUGUCAGGGUUACCAUGGAGAAAGCAACAUGACCCAUGGGUGGUGGCCUGGCAGCUCUUCCAGUCUCCACCUGCCCACCCCCACCCCCACCCAGACCAGCCAAUACAAGGCUCAGCAAUGAGUUGAGCCCCCUUCCCUUCCUUUUCCCAGGGAGCAGAAAUGGGCUGUUCCCAGCACUGGGCUGACUGUCUAUAAACGUCUUAUCUUAUCUGUAUUAUAACACUUUGUUGAUAUAUAGUUUAAAUGUAAAGGAAAAAGCAUUAGUCCUCACCAGUAUUUGUUAACGGCUUCCUUUAGUUCCUUGAGAGGAAACACACACCUUGUGAACCUUUGUUACUUCUCCUGUUGUGUUCAGUAGCAGAAUAUAUGUCUGUGACCGGGGUCCCUCAGGCUGGGCAUUUCAAAUCCAAAGUGUGAACAUUCCCCUUUAUAUACACUCAACCAUGUAGAGCUCUUUUUUACCAUGUUUUCUUAUCCAGAUUGUGAUAUUUUGCUGUUUCUCAACGUCAGGGGUUAUGUAACUGAAAUUCUUUACUGUCAGAAUAUUGUGGCCGCUCGUGAUGUAGCUCACCCGAUGUCAACACUCGUCCAUGGCCAUGAUCACGGUUAAAAGACGGUGCUCCUUUUAAAGAAAGACUGGUUUGGUUUGUUUGUCAAAGUGCAGACCAGUCUAUUGUAGCAGCACAGGUAAAAGCUGUGAUGAGAUAUGUGGUAAGAACAUUAAACAUGGGUGGCAGCCCUGGGUGUCACGCUUUCAAAUGGCAAACAGCAUGACACUUUAAAACCAGCAAACAAGCUGGUGUCGUUUGUACCGAGAGAGGUAUUCUAAAUGUCAGAGUCAGCCCAGCCGAUGUCGUCAGAGUGGGUGUCACAUCCCUACACAACAACAACACAACUUUAAUGACAGUAAAACUGAGCAUGUCUGGUUUAAUGGCAGAAAAGCAGAAGGGACAAAUUAGAAAUGUUUACCAGAAGCCAGUGUCUGAUGAGUUUACAGGACAGGAACAACAGUGAGGAUUCUCAGUCACUGCACCAGUGACCCCUGCUGGUCGGUUUGGGUGCCAUCACCCCUACACGGCCCAUGGUGACCCCUGUCUCUUGUAGCUUAGCAGAAACAGCGAUCCACAUAAAAAGUUUGAAAAUAAUAGCAAAAAAAAAAAAAUCCAAUGCUGAGCAAAUGCUGACGAGUGGCUACCAGAUGUCAACAUCUACCUCCUCCUACCCAUAAGCCCUUGUAUUUUCAGGGUCCUGCCCUGUUGGUUUGCUUAAUGUUUUCUCUCAUGCCACCUCCAGAGGAACUUUGCUGAUAAUCUACCAAGUUUCCACAACUCUUACGUUAAAUAGUUUUUGCAAGAAGUUGAGGAAAUCCAAGUUAUCAUUCUGAGCUCUUUGCUGUAUCUCAGGUCGUCCCUGUCCUCUCCCAGCAAGUCACGUCAGAGAAUUGGGAUGGUCACAUGUGUGUUUGGGAGGAUGACACUGAAGUUGGAGACUGAAGUUGGGCAAAAUGAAAACAAAAAAAAUUGCUUUUGAGGUUUUCAUCCUCACCGUUCUGCUGUGCAUUUCAUUUGUAUGUGUAGAUGUGAAACUAGCAUGGUUUAGAGAAGUAGUACCAGACUGAUGUAGCCUGUGUGAACAGAGGAUGCCGGGAGAGGAACACUAAGCUUAAAUGUGUGUAGUAGAAUUGCAUUGCAAAGAUUUCUUGGGAAACUGUUUGGAUUUCAGAUAUAGACAAAUUAGAGGAAUUAACUUUCUCCCUUUUGUACAUAAAACUUUUUUUUCUCAUCACUUUUGGAUUAUUAUUCUCAGUUAUGUGAACGUUCUCUUUCCCCUUUGAUUAAAAGUAUUUAACAAACUA